AUGAACCUAAAAUCGUAUCGUCUUUUCAUCGGUAAUAUUCCCGCAGAAACUACUGAGCAGGAAUUACGCAAAGAAUUCAGUUCAUACGGUAAUAUCGAGUCGUUAGAAAUUAAAACGAAAACAAAUCAGCUGAAUGAUUCGGUAGACACAUUCGGUUUCGUAACACUUCAGACGGAGGACCGCAUCGUACCUCAAUGUAUCAAGGAGUUUCAACAACAAAAGUUUAAAGGAGUGUACUUGAAUGUAUCCCGAGCAAAAGAAUCAUUUUUGGAGAAAUUGAAACGUGAACGAGAGGAAGCCGAAGCUCAGAAAAAUAAUGCUUCGCUUUUGGAUCCAUAUAAAAAGACAGGAGGGGAUAAUGUUGCGACGGAAACUGUAGCACCUCUUCCUACAUUACCAACAUUGGGUAAAGGCAAGGAAAGCAGUUCCUCUGAAAGUUCAGAAUCGGAAAGCGAUGAGGAGGAAGCAAAACCUCCACCGACAGCAGCUCGUAUCAGCAGACCCCAGGAAUCAAAAGAACAAGAUGAUCUAGUGAAGAAGUGGAAUCAAGAGACGUACAUUGAGUAUGGGAAAUUAAAAAUUCUUCCAGUUACUGGCCAAGUAACGGAAGUAAUAGACCGAUCCAAACCUCACCAGAAGCGAUCGGAGGAUAAAAAACUCGGCGAAAACGCUCGAAUCGCGGAUGAAAAACGUAAACAAGGUCUAAGUAAUUUAAAAUCUGCGUACGAGCAACAAAAGCUUGCGAUCAAAAGUGCUCUCGCUGGCGGCUCGCAGAACAGUAAGAAGAAAAUUACAUUUGACGAUGACGACAACGAUACCGCGGGAAAAAAGAAACUGUCCCUGUUCGAUACGCAGGAGGAGGAAGACGAUGGAUUCCAGGGAAACUUCAAAUUACGCAAGCAGAUGCUCGGAGAAGAAGGCCAAAAGUUGUAUGAAAUGCAAACGUCCUUCCAGGCGGAUAAUCGGUUUCGUUUGGAUGCUCGAUUUUUGGAAGAUGCAGAUAAGCCCACCGAAACGAAAUCCGCACAGGCGAAAGGGAAGGACAAAGAACGGAUGAAGCAAUUGGAGAUCCUUUCAAAUGUUACCGGCAAACCGAUCAGUUCAGAAAGUCGUGUUGAUGGUAAAAACACACUGCAAAUGCAACGUUUUGAUCCUUUACAACAAAAAGAGUCGAACCAAAGCGAUAAACCAGAACCCAAAGUGGCAACUGCUGAAAGGAAAAAAGCCGAUCGUCGUGAAGACGAUUUUAAAGUUUCUAAUGAAAAGUUUUACAAAGUAGCGGAAAAUUUUGCCAUUUCAUCUCAGCAUCAAUCGCAAGGCUUUAGUUUGUUAUCAAUGUUCGGGAAAGCAACGAAGAGCAACGAGAAUACGAUGGAAGUAGAUUCUACACUAGCAGACAAACCACUGAAAAGUGACACCCGUUUCCGGUAUGAAUCUUCCGACAGUGAAGAUGAGCAGAAUCGCAAGAAACAAAAGAAAAAGGAGAACAAGAAAUCCGAAGCUGACGGAAAAGCCAAGCAGCAAAAACUUCAUUCUCACCAAACGGGACCGGGAUACUAUACAAAGCAGGGUAUAUGGAAAGAGAGCUUUUUCUUCCUUCCCAAUGAUGCUCGGCUUGAUGUUGGUCGUGAAUUUCUUGGUUUCGUGCCUGGCGAAGACGGAAACGUGAAAAGUGCAAAGAAAGCAAUUGUUGGCUUAUCGCAAAGCGAUUUGCAAGAUGUUCGUCUACUGUACAAAAAACGCAGAUAUCGCGAAAGCAGAUUCGUUCAAAAAGAAUCGAAACUUGGCCUUAGACGAUUGAAAAAGAAAACGAUGGCUGUACGAAGCAAGAUCAACAAACCGAAAUAA